CCCCUUCACUGAGCCAAUCCCCCAUUGAAAGCCAGCCCGACAUGUUGCGCUUAUAGAAAAGGCUCGGUAAGAGCCUAAAUUUCGGGGGUUUCAAAACAGUAUAUUAGAAAACGACUCUACUACAACACUGGGGGAUUUCUAUUUUAUACGGAACAACACGAUCCAAAACCAAAGAAGAACAUUGUGGCGAAGAAGCUUGUGGUUUCCGACAGCCAGGCGGGUCAUGGUCGCUGCGGGAACACCUUUGUUAUAACCAGACCUUGUCGAUCCCAAUUCUAGACCACUCGCCUGCCUACAGACUGUAGGACAUUUCAGUCAGAAAGAUUUUUUUAAGCACUGAUGCAAGAGGACCUCGGAAACUACAAGACAACACUGAGUGCAUUCAACAAUUGUAAGAAGAUAAAGUUGGAAGUUGUGUUGGAAGACGACCAUGUGAGUGGUUCCUCUGGGUCCACCCCGAGACAAAGGAAUAUUCCCAGCACAGCGAACACACGCCACACUACUGCGUAUGUGCUACCACAACAUGGCCUGGAGCUCUCAAACAUUACACAAGGUAGUAGUAGUAGUAGCAUGCCACAAAAUUAUAUCAGAACCUCAACCAUCCGAGUCGUGGAUCCCUCGUUUCAAAGAUGUGGCGUUAAACGUAAAAGUGAUGAAGUAGACGUCCCCAUGCAGUUAACCGAAGUACACGCUGUAUCAAGUGAGGAUGACAGUUCGACAAAGACGACGGCCAAGACAGCAGCAAAUACAGCAACCACCACGACCUCGAAGAACACAAGUUCUUCGGGGAGUGAGGGGGACUAUCAACUUGUUCAGCAUGAGGUCCUCUAUUCUAUGACAACUGCCUAUGAGGUCCUCGAGUUUCUUGGCCGGGGGACCUUUGGGCAGGUUGUCAAAUGCUGGAAAAAAGGGACCAAUGAGAUCGUGGCAAUCAAGAUUUUGAAGAACCACCCCUCCUAUGCACGGCAGGGUCAAAUUGAAGUUAGCAUCUUGUCGCGGCUAAGUCAAGAAAGUGCAGAUGAGUUUAAUUUUGUACGAGCGUACGAGUGCUUCCAGCACAAGAACCACACGUGUCUGGUGUUUGAAAUGCUGGAGCAGAACCUCUAUGACUUUCUCAAACAGAACAAGUUUCAGCCAUUGCCAUUAAAGUAUAUCCGUCCAAUCACAUCCCAGGUGCUGACUGCAUUACUCAAGCUUAAACUACUUGGCUUGAUCCAUGCCGACCUCAAGCCAGAGAAUAUCAUGUUGGUGGACCCUGUGCGAUUCCCUUAUAGGGUCAAGGUCAUUGACUUUGGUUCAGCAAGCCAUGUCUCGAAGGCUGUGUGCUCAACAUACCUCCAGUCUCGCUAUUACAGGGCGCCAGAGAUAUUGCUGGGCUUGCCGUUCUGUGAGGCUAUUGACAUGUGGUCCCUAGGAUGUGUCAUAGCAGAGCUGUUCUUGGGCUGGCCCCUCUAUCCAGGGUCGUCAGAAUAUGACCAAAUUCGUUAUGUUUCCCAAACCCAAGGGCUACCUGCUGAACACAUGCUUAGCUCGGCCACUAAGACGACGCGCUUCUUUGUGCGAGACAAUACUGAUAGUAGUUACCCAUUCUGGAGGUUGAAGUCCCCUGAGGAACAUGAAGCAGAAACUAAAAUCAAGUCCAAAGAGGCGAGGAAGUACAUCUUCAAUUGCCUGGACGACAUUGGGCAGGUGGGAAUGAGAAUCAACGUUCCAACAGACUUGGAAGGAAGUGAACUCUUGGCGGAGAAAGUGGACCGCCGUGAAUUCAUUGACCUUCUCAAGCGAAUGUUGACCUUGGACCAAGAGCGACGCAUCACGCCGGGCGAGGCGUUAAAUCAUCACUUUAUAGGCAUGGGGCACCUGGUGGAUUAUGCUCAUACCAACAUAACAAAACAAAGUGUUCAGGCAAUGGAGAUCUGUCGACGACAGAGAACGUCUGUGUACGACAUGAACCAGAACAGCAACAGUAUGAUGACAAACGUGGUGCCGUCAUCCAACGGCAACUUCACAGUCACAUUCAAUAACCAGAUAAACGCAUUACAUUCUCAGCAGAUGGCAUCUCAGAACCUGGGCGGAACGUCCCACCAGAGCACGGAGAUCCCGUAUCUCCAGUACUCCCUCCAGUCUGGGACCUACCUGUCAUAUCAACCCCCCCAGGUGGGACAGCAACUCAACCAGCAGAUUACAGCGCAGAGGAGCGGGGCUCAAUUCAAUCGUACAGACCCCUUCCGACAACCGCUGUGUAUGCCAUCUCUUGUCGUACCAGCUACCUUGCCAGGUCUUAAUUCCCCCACCCGACCCAGUGGUGUUCCUAUGGUAACCCAGGCCACCCAGACCCUGCAGCUACAACCUCAGCUCAUCAGUCAGCAGACUGUUCAGCAGUCUCAGCACCACCUCACCCCUGUCACCAUGAUUGACAAUGGUAGACAAGUGUUCAUGGCAAAUGCUCAGAUGAACUCUUGGCCACCGAGUCGGCAGGUGCUGAUGGGGUCGUGGCACCAGGUGCCGAGUCUGGGGUCCCAGAGGGCGGUACAGCAAGUCAUCCCCGACACCCUCGCCCCAGACAACUGGAGACAGUCAAUCAUGGUGGGCGGAGACACUUUUGACCAGUCUUCAACUGUAUUACCACUGAACUCCACCUCCCAACACUGGAACAUAGGAAUGGUGCCUUCAACGUACGGGCUGUCAAGCAGACAGAGCUCAGGGCAGUCCUCCAGCAAGAGACAGACAAAACAAAGGAGCAACAAGGAGGUCACCUCAACGCAGUUCUCCCCCGUAAAGAAACGAGUGAAGGAAAAUUCGCCACCACAGUCCGAAGUAGUCGGGCAGGACGAGACAUUACAGAUUUCUGAUUGGUCGGGUUCCCUCCGACCAAAUGUGCCUCAUUCCAACUCGCGUCACACUAUCGUGAUUCGUGACACGCCUAGUCCCGCAGUCAGUGUCAUCACCAUCAGCUCCGACAGCGACGACGACGUGGACAGCUCAGGACAUCACUCACACCGGUCCAGAGGAUCGCAGCCAGGGAGUGGUCGCAGCGCCCAGCAUACACUGUCUGUGGUCAACAGCAGUGGAAGCAGUGGUCCAUCAUCAGCUGAGGUUUUCGCAAUUUCUCAGUGCCAGCGAAACAUGAGCUGUGUGACGGUCCCGGACGGCCAGGAGUCCGACACCGAGGAAAGUGGCACAUCGUCCGGCAAGAAGAAAGUCGUCUUCAUGCCCAUUAAACAUGAAGAUUUUACUGGCGCCACCAGUCACACGAACUGUCUGUAUGGGAGCCAGGCGAUUGGUGCAAGUGGGAGCACCACAUCGUCUGCCUCCAUGGCAUUCGUGCCCCCGAACUUGUCAAACUCCUCCCGGAAACCACGGGAGCAGGCCAAAGUCACCCCCUACAUGGCCAACAUUCCACAAAAAGAGAUGCCGGUAUCGCAAGGAAGCAACCGGUUCCGAGUACGAAGCCCCAAACAGGAAAUAAGAUUACCUCCUCUGGAGGUUGAAGUUUCUACAGCUGCAGCCCAAGGAAAGCUAGCUUACGUUUCCCCAACUGUUAGAUCAGUGGCCAACCCCUCCAUCAAAAUCAACAGUCAAACAGCAAGUAGUGCAGCCCAGUCUUCAAGCCACCGGCACCGACCAGGCAAUCUAAAUUUCAUCCCACGCCAACAGGCAGGAACUAGUGUCAACCAGUUGUCACCUGUUCAAGCCAGUGUACAAAUAGGACAACCUGUCCUGCUUAAUCCAGCUUCUCAGGUUGAGAUUCACAGGGAGUACCGUCGAGGCCCCACAUUACAGAGCAGUCCGAUCCACCACUACAUCGUCCCUGCCCACCAGCAGCCCCAGAUGGCCAUCCCAGCAGGGGUGGGGCAGUACGGGCCAUUUUCCCCAAACAUGGCCCCUCCCCCUGCGCACCAGAGCCCCCGCCACGUCCAGUACACGACCCACCCCCUCCCCGCACACAUGCAUCCCGUGCUGCAUACGUCCAGUAUCCCCACGUACCACACCCAGAUCCACCCGCAGUAUGCAGGAGGCGCCAAUUAUCUCAACUCAUCAGCUGGUGGGGUGUACACCACGUACCAGCUCAGUCCAAUCAAAGCAAGGCAGUAUCAGUAUUUUGCGGGAUAGGGUGGAUGUGGUAUGCAAUUCCUGUAGAUAUCUGACUGGUUGUCUGCUCUUGAAUUGAGUUGCACCUGUUAGCCGAUAUUUUGGGCAUUUAUAUGUAUAUUUUGCAUAAAUGGGACUGUUGAAUUGAAGUGACAGCUUCGAGAGAGUGUCGACAUCUAUGAAUUAGUCCCAUAGUGAUGGGUGCAGGUCAAGUCAAGAGAGACAACCCAGGCUUCAGAUCUUCCCACGUGCCAACUCGCCCCUACAGAUAAAGCCUGUUACCAUGGUUACAUACACUGAGAAACGUCAUUGGCUGGUGCAGCAAAUCCCUGAUUUUCCUCAAUAUUUGUGAUACUUCUAAAUGUGUGAUUAUUUUCCCAGAAAAGCACCAAGUUAUUUGGCAGUUACACUUUCCACAGUGCAUUAAUAUCUUACCAUGUCUAACGACAGAUUUCGUACGUAUGCACACACCCCGACAACACUCAGAUUAUGGUGGAGAACUGACUACAAACAAGGCAACGUAAUUUCAGCUUCCAAGAUUCCUUGCAGGACUUGAGUGGGCUUCUCGGAGUCUUGAGAGAACCUAUUUUCAUGAACUGUCUCCGUCAAGAUAACUUGAGUCACAUGUACCAAAAAAUGCUGUUUUAAUGAAAAGCAGGAGGUUGUGAUAGCCUAGGGCAAAAUGGACAAACUGGCUUUCGAUUGGCUUCAGUGCUUCUCACUACAAUGCAUGGCAGUUUCCCAUAUUCAUCACUGUUUUUGCUUUGUUAUUCAUUACUCAAGAUUUGAUCUGAAUUAGCCACUGAGUUUGCAUUUUAACAGAAAUAUUGUUAGUUGACUAGAGUAUGUGGAUUACAUACAGUAGCUGUGGUUUUGUUGUCGCUCACAGGAAUUUGCAAUGAAAUUUUUGCUUGUGUUUGCUUAACAAGAUUUUCUAUAUAACUAUUAUGUAUAUUGUUGAAUGGGAUAUUGUCUUAUCAUAUUUUAUAGGUUUAACCUUUUUAAUACAUUGUAGCCAUGUAUUUUAGCAUGAAAUCAAAUAUAGAUUAAUGGGAUACACGUCUGUGAUUGUCACCAGAUGGGUUCGCAAGCUAUCGUAGCUUCUAAGACUGUUGCCAGAAGGGGCACUUGGAUGCAAGUAGAGAGCCAAUAUAUGAUAUUUUUAUAGGCUAGACUAUUUGGAAAUUGGAAUCAAUGUAUUUUUCAAAGUGAGUGUCUAUUAUAUUAUAAUCGUUGGUGUUGUAUGGAAAUACAUGUGUUUUUUGUCACCCUGCAUACUGCCGUUAAUUGGAAAAGUUGGUGCACCAUAGUUGUAGAAUAGAUGUUAUUUUGAUGUUAGACCUAUUUUAUUAUUCUUAUUAUCAUUAUGAUAUUUAAUAUUACUAUUGUAGUUCUUAUUAUAUCACAUUGUAGUUUGAAGUUUCAUGUUGUUCACCUGUAGUCUUGAAACUGGGCAAUUGGCUUGAUGUGUCCAUUUCGAUUUCGGGAGGUCUGCAUUAAAGAGGGUGCAGAUAGGGCAGUGUGGAGUUUAAAGGGGAUAAGACUGAAAGAGGCAGACAAGAUUGCUGGAAAGAUUAAAUUUUCCUAAUGGGACAAAUUAUCUAAGGUUUGCAGAUUCAGUGCUGAUAGAAGGGCCGGGAAGUUGUGAUACAGUCAGUGGUGUACUGUUCCGAGGUUUGUCACAGAUCAUAUUGCCCAGUCUGCACCCUCAGGGUUUUAUGUGUUUACGGACAUAAUUGCAAAUGUCCUCGCUCAUGUUUCUUUGCCUUAUAAGCUUGCAUGGUAUUGGGAUCAAAUUUAACAGUUUAAUAAUUGUAUUUAAUCCAAUUAACAUCUGGUACGAAAUUUUGAAAAAAAUGAAGUAAUGUCAAUUUCAUGGUAAAGUCAUUGAUACUUAUGCAGUGUUGAUAUGACAUUAAUUAUCGGUUAGUAAUAGUCCAUUCAUAUCUUUGAAACUAAAGUCAUUUUACAAAUUCGACAUUAAAUUAUGGUCCUUAUACUAUGCAUGUCAUGAGUUUUUGUUUUCAGGUUAAUCACCAACGUCCAAUUGUUGUUUGGUUGUGGUUUAAUCUGGAGUCAACAGUAGGACACCUUGUGUAUAAGCCGUACUUCCCUACCCGCAGCUCCCUGUGUGUAUGUGUGGGUGUAAGUGUGGCUGUAGUGUGAUAGCUUUCAUGUUGGAAUGUGGCGUAGCAGGUAUUUUUUUACAUGCCAGUAUUUAUAUGUCUUUCAAUAUUGAAGCAUUAACUCUAUGAUGUCAUUGUGUCCUUUCGCAGACUUGUGCUUUUGUCGUCUAUCUGGCAUUGGUGGCGAAAUGUGUGUAUUGGGUGAAAAUUAUGUCUAUUGAGUUUCCUUGUUAUUGUGAGAUAAGUCUGUCCUUCGUGUGGUUGGAACGUCAUAUCUGACUUUGGAUUCCCUGUGUGUACCCUUUUUAAAAUGGAUAUAUUUUUGUUGGUGAAAUAUUUCAUGGCAUUAUUUAAUAUGUCAUUCAAAUGUUAAGACUAAGUGUUGUAAAAUAUAUAUAUAUCAAAUGAAAAAAAAAAUUUGGUUAUUUCAGAUCUUGUAGUAACAUAUGCUUCUAGGCAUAUCAAUAGCAAAGUGUCAGGAAGAUUUAGGUUACAGCCAGAGCUUAAGUUUCAUUAUUUCAAGUGAUUUUGAAAGGUAAGUUAUCGAUCGGGGCAUAAAUUUCUGUAUUUUGGAAGUGUAAGUUAUCGAUCAGAACAUUAAUUUCAAUAUUCAAGUGGGUAUUAUUGGGAUAGUAUGAUAUAGAAAGGUGGGAUAUAUUGAUCAAAGUUUAAAUUCCUGUUUCAAGUUCCUAUGAUUUAGAAUUCAGACCUUAAUAUUUCAUAUUUCAAGUCCGAACAAUGUCAGAACAAAAGCACAAGUUUGUUGAUUAUUUUAUUGCAUGUUUGGCAUUUGUCAAUCUGCCUUGAUUACAUAAUGACUUAUGAUGCUGGAUGACGGUAUAAGUUAACUACAGAUUCCCGUACCUCAGAGGGGGCAAGCUCCACGUCCCCACGUGUAUAUAUGUAUUGUAAGAUGGUCAUUUUUAUAUCCAAAUACUGCAGUUUAGUGAAGACCAGGUGCAGGUUGCCCUCGCAUGGCUUCCUAGCAUCUUCUACCCAACUUGUGGAAGAAAGACAUGUUUCCAAGUGUAUUCCCAAGCCGCUGUGGUAAAACUAUCCAAUCAGGAUUUUAAGAUGGAGUUUAUGUACUUAAACAAUGCUGGAAGAUAUGAAUUUCAAAUUGCAAAUACUCUAUGUGAAUAUUCCUUGUCCAAGACUUGUGUAUAGUGUGAUGCUAUUAUGUAUAAAAUUGCACUGAACUACAGGUCAAAUUGUAAGAUACAGAACAGAAAUUUAUAUUUGUACUUGUCCCCACGCGAGAACAUAAUUGUCCAGUCUCUAAAUGAUUUUGUGUGGUAACUAAGCACGAACAUAAACAACAAAGGGCAGAGAAACUUGCUGGUUGGGUUUGAUGUUAAUUUGUUCUUAUGUUUCCGUUCACAAAGAAUUUAUGAGAUUGCAGCUUGGCUUGCUAUGUAUGUAUAAUGUAUAUUGUUUUUUGAUUAUUAUUUAACUAUUAUUCAGGAAUUUUUGAUGUUGGAAGGUGAUGAUUGACUCUUUGUAUUAAUUUCUUCCACUUAUUUUUCAAGUGUGUUGAGGUCACUUAAAGUGUGAGAGUGUUGUAUUUUAACGUUGCUAAUAUCACCAGACAAUCUUUAGUAGAUGUGGAUGUAUUUAUUGUCGAUGCAAGGAGUUACAUAUUUGUUCAAAAUCCAAAGACUAUAGAAUUAGCCGAGUUAUUUAUUAAUGUAACAAAGUGAGCAUGCGUGUAAUGUAUUACUAUCAAAAGAUUUUCCCAUGUGGGUAUUUUGAUAUACAGUUUCAUUGUAAUUUUGGUAUUUUGAAAGCCAUUUCUAAUCCGUGUUAUAAUUGCUAAGUAUUUGAAAGUUGCUCUCAGGAGAAAGGUUCCUCAGUGUUAAGUGUAUAGGUUAAAUUAUUGCUGUUGUUUUGUCUUUGGAUUCUGCACAAACAGGAAUGGGAGAGAUUUUUUAAUACCUAGAUACCCAGAUUUAUCUCUGGCACUGCAUGUCAAAACAAUUGCAUUUUAUUCUUGUGUAUCUAAGAGGAAUAUUGAAUAUAUAUUUUUUGUCAAACUUCAUUGUACAAUUCAGAUUUCAUACCAAUAGAAGAACUAUAUAGAAUAGAGUUGUUGCUAUGUUACACCUAACCACAAAUUAAGCAUUGUGUACUGUGCUCACUGCAUAACUCCAUGUAACCCCGAAGUCCUAACAGGAUCCUAUAGAAUUUUAAAACUUGGGUGGAUUGGCUUCCUGAUCUCCUAAUCACAGUGUUUUGGUAUUUUAUUUGUGUGGUCAACUUUGUAUGACGUUAGCAUUUUAUCACCAGUCUACUUAGUAUUGAUUUCUGUAGCACUUCAUUGUUAGAGGUAUCUUAAUAUUAUGUAUUCGUUGUGUACGGGCACACUCUGACUCUUGAUCCCACGUAUUUAGUGCUGGUGUUAACCUACUUUCCGUUUCUAGCUCCAUGUGUCAGUUUUAUCAUUGGCAGGUGUUGAAAACACCUAUUUUGUUAUUACAUAUCAAUGAGUCAUGGAUUUUUAGAAUGAAAAAUGUUGAAAUUUCAAAUUUGAAAUUAAUUAGGUUUGGUUGUUGGGCAUUUGGUAGGGGAAAUAACUGCAUAUAUCAAUAUAGAACCUUUCACUGCCUGUUGUAUAUCUUCAUUGUAGAAAGUUUCAUGUCAUUUUGUAAAUUGACCAUCAAUUUGUAAAACCUUCCAAUUUUUUCCCAAUCGAGUUAUUUUUCUUUUGGAAGAUACAGAAUUUCAUGAAAGAAUAUCACUUGUGAAAAGUACAUAAACUUAAAAAAUCAUUGUCUCAUAAAAUUUUGAGAAUUUCUUCACAUUUUCACACUUCAUCGCAGUAACCUCCAUGGUAGUUGUCAUAUUCAUUGCCACUGCAUUUGCGCUGAUCUUGUCACAGACCUAGGAAGUUGUAUAUUAAAAUUGAGAUUAAUACUAUCCUGCUAUUUUCACUAAUUUUCAUUACACAGUAUAUAGAGUUCAACAUUAUUUCCAUGUUAUUUCAUAUUAUAUCCAUAACUGGUAUUUACUAUUUAGUCUAUCACCUAAAUGUCAUAGCAUUUAAUGACCCAUAUUCAUUCCAUUGACACUACUCCAAUAUAGCAGGUCAGAGUGUGGCCCAAAUAGCUUUAUUCGGUUUUAAAUUAUGCAUUUUAUAUUUUUAUCUAGUCAGUAUAGCUAAGCGUGUGAGUGUUUUCUAGUUGCAGCAACCCUAGGGUACAGUAGGCUUGAAUCAAAGGGUGAUGAUAGUUUGAACUUCUAAUCCCUACCUUUUGUAGACAGCAUUACAUUUGAUGGUAACUAAUUAUUUUAUUCGUCUUACAUAUAUCUACUAUUACUGGUCUUCUUUCCUUCAAUUUGGUGGUAGUUAUUUUUCUGUGACUUCAUCUUCUGCUGUGUGCAGUUAAGGUUGCUCUCAUUGAACAUUUCACAUCUUGUGAUUAUUGUGGCGAUAUUCCCUUUUAUUGAGGUCAGCUGGCUGACUGAAGGAUCUCUCGGUAAAGUGCUGUCAAAGUUUGGACUGGAGUUAUUUUUAAUUUGAAACGGAAAAAAACCCUGCCAAAAUGUGAAUAUUAUUCACUGCAAUAUUGUUAAAAGACAAUGUUACAACAUUGUUUAGUCACUGUGUGAUUGUGUAUAUGGGUAUUUGUGUAUACCUGCUGUUGAAUAGAUUGCCAGAACACUUUGAUUCUUGUCACGGAAUAAAGACUUGUCCAAGUUCUGUGAAUUAAAUCAAAGGAGAAUGGUGUCUUGUCAGAAGAAUGGCCAAGUACAUCUCACCAUUUAUAAAGCAAUAUCCCUACCUGGUUAGCAUAACAACUUUGUCCAUCUGUGCAGUUGUUCCUCUAACAAGGCAAUUGUUGAUGUAUUAACUCUUUUAACUCUUUUACAAACCUGUUCAAAAUUUUGACAGCACUAUAAUUGGUGAAAAAAUGAGCAAGAAAAAAAGGAUUGUUAAAUUUGUUUGUCAUUUCACUUGAAGGGAACAUUAUUUUCCAUGAAAUAUUUUUUUGUGAAACGUGAGAUUAUUUAUAUAUAAAAAAAAAUAUGCCACUUGACAAAGCCUAUGGCUAACUUUGUGUUAUGGGUAAGUACACAAUGAUAAAUAGCAAGUGUUAUCCGAAUGUUAGUUUGUUUUUCACACCAUACCUGUGUGCAAUACUAUUCUGAAGUGGUUACUAGGUGUCAUGGGUUCGCCAACCACUCUGUAUCUCCAAUGCUUGGCCUCCGUGCACAGUUGCAAGUCCAUUGUAGAACCUAACUCAUUCGGGAUCAAUUGGGAUUCAAUUAAAGUAUGAGUAUUCUUGA